ACGAAUUCACGAAGGAAUUCAAGCUCCACCGAGGUUCCUCAUCUGAUCACUCAUCGCCGACUGCUCCCUCUCUCCUCUUCUGGACGUCCGCCGGACCACCGCAGCUCUCAGAUUCUGCCUUCUCCGCUUUAUAUUCAGAAUUUGAAGUAGCUGAGUUUCUGAGUUUGAUUUUGACAUCUGAGCUGCACCCUUCCAGCAAAUAAUGGCAAAUCUUGAAGAUUCUUUUCUGGCAGAUCUUGAGGACCUCUCAGACAAUGACAAUGAAAACUUGGAUGAAGACAAUGGGGAUGCAGAGCACAUGGAAGAGGAUAUUAAUAGAGAUUUGGCUGAUAUAGAAGUGCUCAAUUACGAUGAUCUGGAUAGUGUUUCUAAGUUACAGAAAACACAACGAUAUACAGAUAUUAUGAAGAAAGUUGAGGAUGCUCUUGAGAAAGGGUCAGAUAUUUCAAAUCAAAGCUUGGUUUUGGAAGAUGAUCCAGAGUACCAGCUGAUCGUGGAGUGUAACACAUUGUCGGUUGACAUAGAAAAUGAGAUCGUUAUCAUCCAUAAUUUCAUUCGUGAUAAAUACCGCCUCAAAUUUCCAGAGCUCGAAUCUCUUGUUCACCACCCAAUCGAUUAUGCACGUGUGGUGAAGAAGAUAGGGAAUGAAGUUGACUUGACCCUUGUGGAUUUGGAAGGGCUGUUGCCAUCGGCCAUCAUCAUGGUGAUUUCUGUUACAGCAUCAACCACCAGCGGCAAGCCUCUUCCAGAGGAUGUCCUUCAGAAGACAAUCGAGGCUUGUGAUAGAGCCCUUACGUUGGAUGCAGCCAAGAAGAAAGUUCUUGAUUUCGUUGAAAGCAGAAUGGGGUACAUUGCACCAAACGUUUCUGCUAUUGUUGGCAGUGCGGUUGCUGCAAAAUUAAUGGGGACUGCUGGUGGUCUGUCCUCACUAUCAAAGAUGCCAGCUUGUAAUGUUCAGCUUCUAGGUGCCAAGAAGAAGAACUUAGCAGGUUUUUCCACAGCGACAUCCCAAUUUCAUGUUGGUUACCUUGAUCAAACAGAGGUUUUUCAGACUACACCUCCUGCUCUCAAGAUGCGUGCCUGCCGGCUUUUGGCUGCAAAAACAACACUUGCAGCACGUGUAGACUGUACAAGAGGUGAUCCAUCUGGAAAGCAAGGGAGAACAUAUCGUGAAGAGGUUCAUAAGAAGAUUGAGAAGUGGCAAGAGCCACCUCCUGCAAAGCAACCUAAACCACUCCCCGUUCCUGAUUCUGAACCUAAGAAGAAAAGAGGUGGUCGUCGCCUUCGAAAAUUGAAAGAGAGAUAUGCUAUUACGGACAUGCGGAAACUAGCAAACAGAAUGCAGUUUGGAGUGCCUGAAGAAAGUUCAUUGGGGGAUGGACUAGGAGAAGGUUAUGGUAUGCUUGGUCAGGCUGGAAAUGGGAAGUUGCGUGUAUCAGUCGGUCAGAGCAAGCUUGCUGCCAAAGUCGCCAAGAAGUUCAAGGAUAAGCAGUAUAGUAGUGGAGGGGCUACCUCGGGAUUGACUUCAAGUUUGGCUUUCACACCUGUGCAGGGAAUUGAUCUGAUAGAUCCACAGGCAGAUGCAAAUAGACUUGGAAGUGGAACUCAGAGCACAUACUUCUCAGAAACAGGAACGUUUUCAAAGAUCAAGAGGAACUAAUAUGAAUGUGUUGUUUUUAUGUAAGCCGAAAGUAUUGAAAGUUAUGUUAAUUACUGAAUUUUGAAGCUGAUGACCAUACUUACAAAGAGGGAAAGUCGCCUUCUUUUCUGAUGGUACGUGGUUACUUAAUUCAUAA